AUGCGUCUAAACAUGCCUCAAUUUGCUCCUUUUCCAGAUGAUUUUACGCCACUUAAAAUCCCGCGGCUCACCCAGCAUACGUCGGUUGCACAUUCGAACCCACCUUACAACGGUUGGGGCUCAGAAGAGGACUCGCUUGCCAAUUGCCACUCGCUGAUUCCAGUUCCGCCUCAAAGAGAUUUUGUCAAAUUUAUGGCCAAAGAUCGGUUUGGCUACGAAUCGCAUGUUCUCCGAUUUGCUGCUAAGAUGAUAACAGACAAAGCCCUAGACCAAAGUCGCCGAUUCAUAAUCUCAUUUUAUCUGGCUGAUGAUACAAUUCUUGUCUAUGAGCCGCCCGUCAAGAAUUCAGGUAAACCUGAGUCAGUGGGUUUAAUAUUUUUAUUUGAUUAA